UUAUCUUCUUAUUAUGCUCAUAUAUUUGUUUGGAGGUCACAGUGACAUGGUCUUGACCUUCCAAUUUCCAAGAAUUUCUGAAGGCUGUCAAGCAGGGAGAUCUUGUCAUCUCUCCUUGGACUGGCAUUGGUCACAUGGUCAUUGUCGAUCAGGUGUCACUUCAACACAUGCCAGUCUUCACGGUGUGGUCGUCAAAUGAGACCGUCGUGCCUUUUACCCUCAGUGAGACGAAACCCGUGCGCUGGGGAAGACAGUGGUGCUGACCAAUACUGCGGAGACCGCCGGUAGGAGUAUGAAUAUGAGGGAAUUCAAUAUCAUAACUGCAGUGGCGGCGUUUGCCGUCCUGUCUGCGACGACGUGUGCCACGGGGAUGGGAGGUAUCUGUCCCAACUUUGAGGUGUUGCCAGGUUACGGUGAGGUGUGUGUGUCCCGGUCUAUGGCCGAAAGCUGGGACCAGGCGGUGUACCGGUGUGCCAAGAUGUGCGGACGGCUGUUCAUGCCUAAAAAUCCAACGGAUGACCACGUGUUGGGAACGAUACUGAACAGAGAAGCUUCGACCAUAGGACUUUCAUCCAACAAGCGGGUAUGGUUAGGCGCCUACAGUAAAAACGGCAGUGCCCCCGUCUGGUCGGAUUCAACCCUGAUGGAGAGACCUACCCUCGCGUUCACGUCGUCCAGGUUAGGCUGUUCGGCAUUGACGGCAUACGUAGAGCCCUACAGAAGAACGGAGGACUUUGUGGCCGGCAACUAUUCUUGCAUCGGGCCGGUAACGGGCCAUAAUUUUGUGUGUAUGAGAAGUAGCAGCUACCCUGUACCAAAAGGGUGCCUAGUCGAUAGUUGCCCAAUAGAUGGCGUUCAAACACAAGCCUACGCGUACUACGAUCCGUUCUCCAACAACGCCACAGUGGAAUGCAAAAGGGGCCACAUAUUUCCAGAUGGAACGAAAAAGAAAGUACUAAUCUGUGAUAAGGGCAACUUUUUGGAAACACUUCCUCCUUGCAUACUAAUUGAUGAGUAUCUGGCAAGUUUGCCACCGAACUGGUCAGAGGGGAAGCACAUCACUGCGGCCACACUGGUGGAACCGAGGCCACGUGUGCCAGCCUCAGGGACACCGUACCAGCGUCCAGUUAUUGAUACAGGCUGUCCAGACGGAUGGACCCGGAGUCCAGCGCAACCACCAUUCUGUUACAAGUUGUUUGAAACUCCCAAACUGGCACACGAUGUCGCUGAGGCCUUCUGUGUUGUAUCUGGAGGUCAUUUGGUGAGCAUCCUUGACGCUGAGGAACAGGCCUUCGUCCAGUCUAUUGUAGGCAUCGAGAAUCCGAUCAAACGCGUCGGUCACUACUUUCCAGUCACUCCCGUCAGUCCAGUAUUCGAGAUACCUAACUAUUCUGGAGACGAUAUCCAGAAGCCAGAUUUUCCUAGUUCGCCAACUACUGAUGAAUGGUUUCACAUCGGCCUUGACGGACAAUCUCACUGGACUGACGGCAACAGCGUUAAAUAUCGGAACAUGGCUUCUGAAGAAGUCGCUUACAACUGUGCCGGAUUAUUUUACGAUUCGGAAGCACACGGGGUGUGGAAACCGCUAAAUUGCAACGAGGAAGGGAGGUUUAUGUGCAAGCGACCGAAUGACAGGCGCCUGUGCUUUCCUGAUUCCCACUUAGUAGACGACAAUGUUCCAGUCUGUGUGAACAAUUAUCGACCUUGUCCCGUGGGUUACAACUUUCGACACAGGUCUUCCUGUUACAAGUUAUAUAUGACUGAACUUACUUGGGAUAUGGCUCGAGGGAUCUGUGCUAAUGAUGGCGGCAAUCUGGUAGAUUUGGAAACUCAAGCAGAGCUUUCAUUCAUGGACCAAUAUAUCGGCAGUCAUACGCAUAUUGCCAUAAUUGAUGAGUAUCUGGCAAGUUUGCCACCGAACUGGUCAGAGGGGAAGCACAUCACGGCGGCCACACUGGUGGAACCGGGGCCACGUGUGCCAGCAUCAGGGACACCGUAUCAGCCCCCAGUUAUUGAUACAGGCUGUCCAGACGGAUGGACUCGGAGUCCGGCGCAACCACCAUUCUGCUACAAGUUGGUUGAAACUCCCAAACUGGCACACGAUGUCGCUGAGGCCUUCUGUGUCGUAUCAGGAGGUCAUCUGGUGAGCAUCCUUGACGCUGAGGAACAGGCCUUCGUCCAGUCUAUUGUAGGCAUCGAAAAUGCGGUCAAUCCAGUCACCCCCAUCAAUCCAGUCACCCCCAUCAAUCCAGUCACCCCCGUCAAUCCAGUCACUCCCGUCACUCCAGUAUUUGAUAUCGAGUCACGUAACUAUUCUGGAGAUGGUUACGGGAAGUUUCCUACUAGUCCGCCAACUACUGAUGAAUGGUUUCACAUCGGCCUUGACGGACUAUUGCACUGGACUGACGGCAACAGCGUUAAAUAUCAGUACAACGCUUUUAGAGAUGUCGCUUACAAAUGUGCCGGGUUAUUUUACGAUUCACUCGAUCCACCGGAUAAACAUGGGAUGUGGAAACCGCUAAAUUGCAAUGAGGAAGGGAGGUUUAUGUGCAAGCGACCGAAUAACAGGCGCCUGUGCUUCCCUGAUUCCCACUUAGUAGACGACAAUGUCCCAGUCUGUGUGAACAAUUAUCGACCUUGUCCCGCGGGUUACAACUUUCGACACAGGUCUUCCUGUUACAAGUUAUAUAUGACUGAACUUACUUGGGAUAUGGCGCAAGAGAUCUGUGCUAAUGAUGGCGGCCAUCUGGUAGAUUUGGAAACUCAAGCAGAGCUUUCAUUCAUGGACCAAUAUAUCGACAGUCAUACGCAUAUUGCCAGUAUAUCUCCAAAGAUAUGGGUGAACAGCACCAGUUGCGUGACAUUAUAUUUGGGGCAGUUAACUGACACAAAAUGCACAAUGCAAUUCCAAUUCGUUUGCGAAAUUGAUAUGAACGAUGUGUUUGAUAAAGAUGCUUACAGAACGUGCCACGAUGUAUUCCCGACUGGAAUGAAAGCAUGGAUAUAUCCAUCAUCAAACGUUCCCCCCAUUUACGCCAGAUGUGAAGAGGCGGAAAUUGGAGGAUACAACGACUUCACGAUUUACGGUGACACAGAUUAUCAGUUUUCAAACAACAGCAAUGUGUCUUUAGCUUACUCGUAUAAGGAAAAAAGGCUGAAUUUAAACUUUCUGUCCGCCAUAACGGAUGCAUCAUUAAAUUGCGAACAGCAUAUUGGAGUCAGCUGCAUCAAUGCGACCGUGUUUGGGGGCAGCACGUGGUGGACCUCGCGCCAGGGUUACCCAAUCACGGGCUGGGGAGCACCAAUCAAUAGUUCAAACUGCGCAUGUAAUGCAACCUUUCAGAAUACGUGUGUGGAUAGCAGAUUUGCCUGCAACUGUCAUUCUGGACAAGCAACGGCGGAUAUAGCUGUGAUAGACGAUAAACGGUACUUGCCGAUAAGAGAUCUGCAUAUUACGGGGUUAAACACACUUAAUUCAUUUGUGAAUGUGUCGACGCAUGUAACGAUCUGCGAAACGGUUCUUGUCAUGGAUCUUGGAGUACUGGUUUCCAACCAUACAUAUGACGUAUACACGAAGUACAAUAAGUACGCCCCAAACAUACACACAGGUGGACGGAGCGUCUUAUCAAAAGGGGACACUGUGUACAGUUUCACUCUACAAGACACCAACGACAUUAGGAUUUCGUUGGGUUAUGAAGGCUGUGAUGCCUUCAUGGAAUUAUAUGGCGCCAUUGAUCCUAUGACGUCACAACCUCUGCCAUCAAGCAUAAUUGUUAGAAACGACGACGGUGAUGUAAGAUUAAAUUCUAAGAUUCGUGCUCGCUUACAGGGACAGCAUACCUAUUACUUGACGGUCAGUGCUUUUGAAGGCGAUGCGGAGGAGCCUGAUAGAAUUACAAUAAUUAUCGAAACCAGUGGUUCAGGCGGUUAUUAUCAGACAUUUGAUGAAGAAAUCGAUCCAUCAAAAUUUUGCAUAUGCUCGGGUUCUGAUAUCAACAGUGUGUGUAGGAGAGGGAGGUGUGAGUGUAGACCUGGGUUUGCACCGGAUCAUAUGGGUAACUGUGAGAAAGUGCUGGGAAUGGAUUGUAAUCAUGACCUGGAUUGCGCAAGUUACGUAUAUGGCAGCCAUUGUGUCCAUGACGAACCUUUUGGGACAGUGUGCAAAUGCAAACCUGGUUGGUAUGAGAGGAAUUUCGAGUGCUCACCUUGCCAUUGCCUUUGUGACGGUAACGGUAACUGCACCAACAGCGGAGAUCACAGGGCCGAUGUGUACUGCACGUGUGAGCCAGCAAGCCGAACAGCAGCGGCCAGCGAAGGGAAGAGAGACAACAUGGGUAAAAGCUUCGUCCUGUCAUUCUUUGGAAACGCACUACUGUCGCCUUUCACUUGCACGGACGAUAAAAAAGAUGUGCGUUUGAUGUUAAAGAUGACAAGUUAUAGUGACACCCCUGCUGAUGUCCGAGUGUCCACCCCAUUGCACCCUGACUAUCCACCAGUAUCAGUCAGUGUCCAGAAAGGCAAAGAGACUACGGUGAGCAUGCCAAGAGCGCUUUUCAAGUCGAACGCGACCGGUUUUGCAACAGACAGCAUAUUAGUUGAAAGUUCCCGUGAUAUUGCAGUAUUUGGACUCGCAGAAGGACCCGGUUUCUCCGGCGGAUACCUUGCCCUUCCAGUUGAUGUAUUAGGCCAAGAAUACGUCGCCUUGUGCUCCAUUGACUCACGGCACAAUGAUGAUUAUUCCCAGCAUUCGGAAAUCAUCAUCAUUGCAGUGGAAAACGACACCAGGGUUCGAAUCACCAUGCCAAAGGUAGAGGGUGUUUUUGUAUUAUACAAUGGUAGCGAGUUCACAAGGCACCGUAUGCUUGAAAUCAGGCUGUCCAAGUAUGAAACAUUUCACAUCCACAGUAAGGCGUUCUCUUUAACUCAAACUUUUAUCAAUUCUGACAGGCCCAUUGCCGUGAUAAGCGGUGCCAGAGAACAGUAUGGCUCCACGAAAGAUAUCGUCCUAGAGAUGAUGCCGCCGAUGUCAGCAUGGGGAAGAAUGUACACCAUAUCACCAAGGCAUUCAGAGGCCAGCAACAAUUGGACCUUGGUGAUUUUGUCCAGUCGCUCUGAACAGAAUUACGUCGUUGCACAAGGGAAUAAUCAACCAACUUUAUCAGAAACGCUCGAGAGGCAUGUUACGUACGAAACGUAUGCGCAGUCUCUCCUGACCAUUACCGCACGGGAGCAUGACCCAAUUCUGGUUGGUGUCCAUACGUCUUGCAGGCAUCACUUCCAAGAUGGAACAUCAACAGGGGGGCUAGAUACUGCAGUGGCAACCCCAUUUGAACAGACCCCCAAAAACGUCACCUUUGUCUCGGCUGGAUCGCGUUUAAACGGCGUCAGCAUGAUAUCAAUUUCCUAUUGCCUCAAAACUCUAACGUUGGAUGGAGGGCAAGUGCACUGGAAUUCAGACCUGUCUAUAAGAACGCCCAUGCUACAACUGAACGCAACCACCGCAAAUGUUGAUAGAGGAACACAUUAUAUAAGUAAUGAUCAGCCACAGGAAGGAGUUCUAGUCUCUGUGUAUGGUUAUGGAGAUAACGUCGGGCAUGCUUUCCCUGCUGGGGCGUUGUAUACUAUAACGCAUCCAUGUCACCCAAGCAUCACAGUGGCUGGGGAUUUAAUUGACAACGACUGUGACGGGUUUGUUGACGAGGAGGUCUACAACCAUAUCGACGACGAUAACGAUGGGGAAAUCGAUGAGGAUCUAACAGAAGACCGUUUAGUAUCACAUUACCACAUUGACCCAUGGGAAAUUGUUUGCAGUAAAAGCAAAUUUGGUAACAUAAUGAGUCUGACGUAUGAGGCUAGAAUGCUGUGGGCAAAUGUGUCGGCCGUGUAUAACGAGGGAGAAGAUGCUGGCGCAUGCGCAUUUCUCCACACUUAUGCCACAGAGUAUCGGAGAGACGUCAUGCUCGAUGACGCAGCUGAAAGGAAUAGGUGUGGAAUUGCGAUUGUAAGUUAA